AUGGUCUCUCGCUUCGAUCCUAUUCCUGAAAAGCACUGCGUCAAAACAGAGGAUGUUCCUACUUUCCCACCUGCUUCUGCCAAACUGGAGGAUGCUAUUCUCCAGGCAGCAUCUGGCGGCCGGUGGGUGAACGGUCUCUUUGCAGGGUCCAGGAUAAGGGUAUGCACUGAGACCAGGAAGGGAUAUGCCUCAGACUCUCAGAGCAACAACCAUGGGUUCCCCAUUCUUCUGUUUUCCCCCGGAGCCAAUACAACCAGACUGCUCUAUUCAUCUGUUGCGCAGACUAUUUCCAGUGCUGGAUAUACCGUCAUCGCCAUGGACCACCCUCAUGAUACAGACAUUGUUGAGUUCCUUAACGGGGAUAUCAUUACGGGCGGAGGAGCCAACUUCUCUGAUCCUGCUGUCCUGCCCUUCUGGAAUGAAAUUCGUGUCCAAGAUACCGUCUUUGUGCUAAACCAGGCCCUAAAGAAGUCUCCUCAUGCUCGCAUAGGAAUGCUGGGCCACUCUUUCGGUGGUUCUGCCACUCUCUCAUCUAUGGUCAAAGAUGGCCGUAUCAACAGUGGCAUUAACCUUGACGGCGGUCUAUGGGGUCCUGCAGUUGAAAUAGGACUCGGAGGAAGAAAAGAACCCCAGCCUUACCUGCAAUGGGGAGCAUUCUACCAUAACCGACACAAUGACACGUCGUGGAACACAUUGUGGAAGGCCAUGGACCGCCUUCACCCUGAUUCCUGGAAAAAGGAACUUGCUAUCCCUGAAGGCCGACAUAACACUUUCACUGAUUUCCCAAUCAUUAUCGAUGCUGCAAAAGUAAGAGAUGUAAUCGACAAAAGCGCCAUUGAAGAGCUGAUUGGGGAUAUUCCAGGCGUUAGAGGAAUGGAAUUUAUCAAGGCAUAUGUUAACGAUUUCUUCCAGUUCUCAUUGUUUGGGAAAGACGAAGGGCUUAUCAAGGGACCAAGCCCAAAGUAUCCAGAGAUCACCUUUCUGGACUAG